AUGCCCAAGCCGCGCGUUCUCUACUGGUUUCGAACCGACCUUCGUGUCCACGACUCGCCUGCUCUCCAUGCUGCCCUCCAACUCAACCCUGAAUGUCUCUAUCCAGUCUGGUGCUGGGACCCCCACUAUGUCCUCCAAGCUCGCGUCGGACCCAACCGCUGGCAGUUUCUUCUUGACUGCCAAAACGACCUUUCUCAGACUCUGAAGCGGCUCAACACGAAGCAAAGGCUUCUCGUUCUUCGCGAGGCGCCGCAGACAUUGUUGCCCCGCUUGUGUCGUGACUGGAAGAUCACGCAUCUUGUCUUUGAGGAGGAUACAGAUUCGUAUGCGUUGGAAAGAGACAUAGAUGUGGAAGCAAAGGUUCGAGAGGCUGGUGUUGAAGUCGUCAAAGCGGUUGGAAGGACAUUAUGGGACCCGAAGGAAGUGGUAGAGAAGAAUGGUGGGCAGGCUACAAUGACCUUGAACGCGCUGAUGAAGAUUACUGCCAAACUUGCAACUCCAGCUUCGCCACUUCCUACGCCAACCUCGUUACCAAACCCUGGCAAUUUCACCCUCUCAGUCGCCAACGAACAACCACCAGGAAGCCUAAGUGAUGAAUUUUCAAUCCCGACACUCGCAGAGCUCGGAAUUCCAGCUUCUGCCGUGACGACGCCACAUCGCGGUGGCGAGUCUCUAGCGCUGAAGAACCUCCAGACUCUUUUGAGCGAUAAAACCUAUAUAGCGACCUUCGAGAAGCCCAAAACCGCGCCAACUGCUUUUGAGCCAGCUGCCACAACCAUUCUCUCGCCGCACCUCCACUUCGGAUCGCUGAGCGUUCGAAAGUUUCACUUCGAAGUCCAACGAAUUAUUGCCGAAUACUCUGAAAGCAGAAAAGCUUCUACGCCUCCUGCCAAUCUGCCUGGACAGCUCUACUUUCGUGAGAUGUACUUCUGCGCUCAAUACGCCAUCGGCCAUCCAUUUUCCCAAAUUGCAGGAAACUCAGUCGCACGGUACAUACCUUGGCACCUCCCUUCAACCAUCCCUUAUUCCCCCACAACACCCUACACGAUCGACUCUCCCCUCGCUCACCGAUGGUUCUUUCGCUGGGCCUGGGGAAUUACUGGCUUCCCCUUCGUCGACGCUCUCAUGCGCCAACUCCGUCAAGAAGGCUGGAUCCACCAUCUCGGACGGCAUAUGGUCGCUUGCUUUCUCACCCGCGGCGGGGCCUACAUCUCUUGGGAGCGCGGUGCCGAAAUCUUCGAAGAGCUUUUGAUAGACCACGAGCCGGCUUCGAAUGCUGGCAACUGGAUGUGGUUGAGUUGCACGGCGUUCUUCUCCCAAUACUACCGAUGCUAUUCGCCGGUAGCGUUCGGGAAGAAAUGGGAUCCACAAGGAAUCUUCGUCAGGCGUUACAUUCCGGAGUUGAAGGAUUUCCCUGACAAGUGGGUAUAUGAGCCGCAUUUAGCGCCAGAGAGCGGUCAGAGAAAAGCAGGCUGCUUGGUGUUGUCGUUCGAGGACGCAGAUGAAGAUGGGAGGUCGAUACUGCCGGACUUAACUGUGGCUCACGCACGACCGCCACCUCCGAGAAAUGGACUUCUACCACUCAAGAGACCUCUGACCGGCGAGCGAUACUAUCCAGCGCCCAUGUUCGACUUUCCUCAGAGGCGGGAUAUAUGCAUGGCGAAGAUGAAGACCGCCUAUGGAGCCAAGGUGAACGGAGACGAUCCUUGCGUGUUGGACGGGACGGGACGGGAUAUCGUGUUCGGGGGGACAAAGUUGCCAGAGGACGAAGGGGACGGAGGAGACGCUGAACGCGCCAAUCAACAUGAGCUGAAGAGGAAAAGACAGAUAGAUGAAGACAGUGGGCAGACUGCCCUGGACGUUUGGGUUAAGAAGGGUAGAGGGAACUGA